AACCGGCUGGGCGUUUAACACCAUGAAAUUCGUAUCGGCUGUUGUGCGCGUUGUGAUAUUGAUAAACCUAACCUUGCUAGUGUGGGGAAUUAACGCCGAAAGCAGCAAAAGUAGCAGCAGCCACAAACCUAGACCCAAACGGUAUGAUGAGGACGGCCCAACAGAACAGGUUUACUAUGUUGACCAAAUAGCAUCUGAUUCUGAGAUAUCGCCCUGGACCUCGAAUCGUAUAAUCGCCAAAACUACUGAAAAUGGUAAACAGUCCCAGUACAUUAUCAACGUUUCUCCGGAUGAUGAGGUCAUCAUCCACGAAAGGGGCGCAAACGAUCGGAAUUCGAAUCAAGAAUCGGCGAAGCAUCAAUCGCCGCAGGACUUUGUCCAGCAAGCGCUACGAAUGCGGGAUCAAUACAAAAAAGGAUCCAGCAUAAAAGCUUCAACUCCUGGUCCUGCAAGCUCUUUCGCUGAAUACACCACGGACAAGUACGAUCAUUUCGGACCAAGCAAGUCGCCUCCAUCAGCUGCUCAAUACGGCAAACCUGUUCCGCCUAAAGUUCAUCACACAUCGGCACACCAGGACCCGGUCAACUAUCGGCCGAAACAUAUGAAACCAAACCCAACUAAGCUACCGGUAAACUCUGUUACCCCAUUCAGUGACGUAGAAUUGCCUGAGGCUGAAACUACCAGCCCGUAUCGAAAAGAGAAAGCGAAGGACCAGCACAAAUCACCCAAACACAUCUCAAUCAAGCAGCAGGACACGGCAGCCUCGUCGAUCUACAUUCAGAAGGUCAAACCGAUCGAUCCUGUUUACACCAGUUACAACACACAUCACGACACCGGAAGCAGUUUCAAAGAAUAUCAGCAACUCCCCGUCACAGAUUCGCAUGGAUCGAGCUCAGUGAUCAGCAUACAAAAGGUUAAACCUCCAACAGACACGCACGCCAAGCACAAACCAUCAUUCCCCCACGAGGAGGAUAGCUUUUUCGAGAAAAAGCACAGGAAGCACACCACUUCCGAUGAAGUUCGUUACAAACCGAAGCAUAUGGCAAGCCAUGAUCACGUUGCAAAAGAAGAGAACAUACCGGAGUUCUAUACAGAGAAGAUUCGCCAUACCGUUGAACGGCAUCCCAUAAAAUACUACAAAGAAGAAUCCUCGACAGCUGACCCUUUCAGCAAGUACUACCAAACUAAGCCAUAUGAGUCCUUAAAAUCACCGACAAAAUACGAACAGGAAGCAUCUUCUCCAUCCAUGGAACCUUAUCGGUACCAACCCCCGAAAAGUUAUCCACCCGAAGAAUCUGCCAAGUUCAAGUUUUCGAAGGAUAUUUCAACGACUGCCGAACCAUACAAACCGUACAACCAAAUAAAAGUUUACACAGAAAAUAAAUCAAAGUACCAGGAAACAAACGCAAAUUAUCCUUCUCCAAGACCACACCAUAAAGAAUACUCAAAUGAGAAACCGACUUUUCAUACUGAAUCUUACCAUCAUACCCCGUCCAAAGCACGCCCCGAGGAGUUUGCAAAGCCCGACAACUAUCGACCAAAUCGACCAGAGCAAAUACACAAAGGACAACACGAAAGCUUAACUGCCGCACCCUCCCGAGCACCAAAGUACUAUGAGGAACCCUCUCGGGCACCAAGUUAUGCUAAAGUUACGACUUAUCCUACACCAAACACCUCCAACUCGCCGCAAAAUUACCAUCGGGCAAAAGCUCCUGCCUACGAUCCAUACAAAUUCCAGCCAAGUCCGACGCCUGAAAUCUCCAUCUCUAGCCACGGAUUCCAGAAACCAACUCCACCAAACUACCCUAAAUAUAUCCCUACGAAAAUGCCAGAGCACGAUGAAACAAAAACCAGCUUCAAAACAGUAUACCCUUCCCCGGAACCCAUCUCCAACUACAUCCCGUCUUCAACGCAAGAAUCCUUCAGCCCAUCUCCCGAAUUCCCGAAAGUCUUCUCACUUGCCGCAACCACCUACUCUCCAAAAUAUCCAGUAUCUCCAACCCCGGACAGCUUCGAUUUCGCGCACAUGAGUGAAGCUCCAAAAUCUUUUUCCAAGUACACUGAGCCCACGCCCUCUACUAAAGUGUACGGAACCAUUAACCCUUCGGAGCAACCGUUCAAAACGCUCAGCACCAAAAUCAUAAUGAAACCUUCGCCAACGGAGCUCUCCACGACGGAUCCGAAAGAUUCAAGCUCCAAAUCGCUCCAGAAUCGAACAACCCACGUGGAAUUUUCACCAUCACCCACCGAGGAAGCCAAGACGGAAUAUUACACAAACCCAGAUCUGACAACCUACUACGUGUUCGCCAACGGUACCGAAAUCAAGCUUGGCAGUGAUCCAUCGAAGAUUCCACCGGAGCUCCGCGUUAGUCCCGGCGAUGCCUCAUACCUAAGCUCGAACUACUCGACCAAACUUGCAGAAGAUUUCGCGAUGAAGUACUACUGGGACAGUAUUCCUUCACCGACCAAAAAUGGAGACUUCUUCAUCAGCCCAGAGACUGCGCUGAAGGAAGGAAAAUUGCGCGAUCCGUCCGAAUAUAUACUGCGGGAGAAGAAGAAAGGAAAGCCUGUACUGAAAUCACUGAAACCGAUUAAGACGCUCACCAUCUACAGAAAUACCCAUCGGUCGGGUGAUGAUACGGAAAUGGAAGGCGGUUUCGAGCCAUCCAAUCAUUAUUCCACACAGGAAGGCAUUCCCCAGAUCAGUGACAAGCGCGGCGAGGUGACCGAUGAUGACGAGGAUUUCUUUUUCGCAAAUGGAGAAGUGAUUCUGCAAGAUGAUCCGAAUAAAGCUACGAAAAAGAAUGCAUUUUUCUUGCCACCGGGAUUGAAUCAGCCUGCCCCGGAGAUGAUGUUAAAGCUAACUCCGCAGCCGCAAACACAGAACCUUCAGGACCAACAGCUGCCGGAUAUGGAUAUGAGUGCUGAACCUUCCAAGAAGCAUCAAUAUUUUGUUCUGUAUCAUAUUGAGGAUAAUAAGAAGAAACCUACGAAGCCGCCUACAACGACCACUCAGGCACCGCCUCCGCCACCACCAGUGAAGCAGGAGAUCCAUUACCAUUACACGGAAAAGGAAAAUGAAGAUCCGGAAGUGACCCACGAACAUUUCAACUACCAUCACGAACAGACGAUCGAAGACGCCGAUGACGAUAUUCAGCAUCAUUACGUAAACCCUAACAUCGGCAAGUACAAUUUCAGGCCAAACAUCGCGCAUCCAUCCUUCAAAGGUAGGGAUAGUUUCGGAUCCGGUAGCGAAGCGAACGUAAGGGUCGUUGAUCCAGUAUCGAAACUCGGUCGACCGGUUGAGAUUACGAAGCAGGAAUACAUGCGGCACGUUCAGAAUGCUGUUUUGAAGUACAUGAAACAGCUGCAGGACGAAGGCAGGCUGCCGGCCAUAGUGUCACGGGAUCGAGAACCAGAUGAGACACAAAAAACUUUCGAUGAGCUUGACAUCUCAGCUCUUCUCAACGAGAACAAUGCCAAACACAAGUUCCAGCUCGGCACACCCGUUAAGGUGAACCUCCCUAUAAACCCUAGUCAGUAUAAACCAAUGAAGACGGUGCCAAGCACUAGCACGUACAGGCCAAUUACCAAUGUGAAAAUACCGAAAAAUGUUUAUCCCGCCGGAAAACCAUUGAAAAUAGCAAUUGAAAGUUUGCAGGAGCAGCUGGGAAACAGUGUUGAUCUGACAGUUAAGGGUACGAAAGGGCUGACGAAACCGGAUCUAUCCACUAUCGAUGUUGGCCAAUCCUAUCUUCACGGUCCAAACUAUGAUCCACCAAUACCACAGAAAACAGUUGGCAGUAGCUUUGACGCUCAAUCAGUAGUCCACAUACCAGCUCAGAAAACGAAACUGCACUUCAACCAGCAAACAUAUCACGAUAUCAAUUCGUUAACGAAUUUGAAGGAAACCCAGAAUUUGAAGCCAUCGUCUCCAUAUUCAUCCAUCAAGGGAGGAAUGGCUAAUGUCGGUGCGUCAAUCAGUUUCGGAGGCAAUAACAAAGCUGGACCCCAGGUUGAUGAUCACAAACUAGGUCCGGAAGCGCUGGAUGCACCGAUUCAGAUUAUCAACGGUAUACCUAUUACGAAUCCGUACAACAUUGAUAUCAACACACUGAGGUACAUGUUGGGCGGCAUUGCGCAAGCUCAAGUAGAACAACAACAGCAGCAGACAAAGCAACAGGAGCCAACGAUCAAGUUCAAGGGUUCCAACUGGAUGUCACUUCCAACGGUUUCUAAUCCACAGCAGAUUUUCUCUUCCAACAUGCCUACCUUCCAGCAUUCGCCAUCUGAGGCAAACAACUACAAGUACAACGCCAACUUCGACAGCAGCAAUUUCAAGAUCAAGAUCCCCAAGAACGUCAAAGACUUCAAAAUGAAACCGAUCAACAGUGACUCGCUCGGCAGUGCUGCAAUGAACUACGCCUCCUGGGGAGAACCUCUCAGACAGAACCGCCAAGUUGCACCCCAGCAACAUCAACAUCAGCAGCAUCAACAUCCGCAGUACCAUCAUCCGCAGUCACAUCCGCAUCAACAGCAACAGCUGCAGCAGCAGCAGCAGCAACAACAUCAACAACAGAUUCGACCGAAUCGUGAGUUCAAUCCGGAACUGUUCCUUAAUCCUCAUGGCCAAUUUAAUGGUCCGAUAAUGAAGAAAAAGAACGGCCCGCUCGAUCGCAAAAGCACCCUCAGCAAACCAUCGCCUGUGAGUACCGUGAAAGCGUCCAACUUAGACACGAACCUACGGCCACCACCCCCACGGUAGAGUGAAAGCAGUAGCUGGCUGUUCGCAGAUGGUUCUGGCAGUGCACGGGACCAAGGGGGUGUGCGAUGCUCUGCUAGAUGCAAUAGUAAGUGAUCUUUUUGUGUAGAUAGGUCAGUUAGGAAUAUGUUUUAGAGUAUUUAAUUGUCAAUUUGUAGGCGCAAACGGCUUUUGAUGCGUACUCGUCCAUGCUUUCGGCUAAUUUUAACUUUAAUUUAUUGAGAUUACUUU